GCGCACUAACAGCAGAGAGACGCCGACGGACUACACGUCUCCUCUACUUGCCCCGAAAGGAUGGAUUAUUAAUUUCGGUUAUUUCAGUUUGAAUUUGAAAGGCACUUCAUGAUGUGGUCGACGGGCUUAAGCAGAGCUUUCCCUCAAAAUGUGGAUUUUUUCUUGACUUGAGUGAAACGCUCCAUCGUUAGAAAACGCAACGCAACCUCUCAAACGUUGGCUCGGUCCAGCAGCGCCGCCUAGCGGAGUGAGUGGUGUACUACACCAAGGGAUCCUCGUCUGCACCGCUCGCCGCUCUCCUCACGGACAUGGCUGACUCAAUGUACUCGGACCUGAUCGCCAGGCACUACAACUACACAGGCAAGCUCCGCAAACAGGAGCAGGACUCGGGCCUGAAGGCGGACUCCGUCAUCUUCAUCAUCGUGUGCUGCUUCAUCAUCCUGGAGAACGUCCUGGUGCUGCUCACCAUCUGGAGAACCAAGAAGUUCCACAAGCCCAUGUACUACUUCAUCGGGAACCUGGCCCUGUCGGACCUGCUGGCCGGGGUGGUGUACACGGCCAACAUCCUGCUGUCGGGGGCCAACACCUACCGGCUGUCGCCCACGCAGUGGUUCUUCCGCGAGGGCAGCAUGUUCGUGGCGCUGGCGGCGUCCGUCUUCAGCCUCCUGGCCAUCGCCAUCGAGCGCCACCUGACCAUGCUGAAGAUGAAGCUGCACAACAACGGCAACGCCUGGCGCGUCUUCAUGCUGAUCAGCACGGUGUGGAUGAUCGCGGCGGUGCUCGGCGGCCUGCCCGUCAUGGGCUGGAACUGCAUCGGCAGCAUGCGGCGCUGCUCCACCGUGCUGCCGCUCUACCACAAGGCCUACAUCCUGUUCUGCACCACCGUCUUCAGCAUCAUCCUCAUGGCCAUCGUGGUGCUGUACGCGCGCAUCUACGCGCUGGUGCGCACGCGCAGCCGCAAGCUGGUCUUCCGCAAGGUGUCCGGAAACGGGCGCGGCGGCGCGGCCGGCAAGAGCUCGGAGAAGUCGCUGGCGCUGCUCAAGACCGUCAUCAUCGUGCUGAGCUGCUUCAUCGCCUGCUGGGCGCCGCUCUUCAUCCUGCUGCUGCUGGACGUGGCGUGCGAGACGGGCGCGUGCCCCAUCCUCUACAAGGCCGAGUGGUUCCUGGCGCUGGCCGUGCUCAACUCGGCCAUGAACCCGCUCAUCUACACGCUGACCAGCAACGAGAUGCGCCGCGCCUUCCUGCGCAUGCUGCUGUGCACCGCCUGCUCCAGCCUGCAGGGCGGCGCCGGGGGCAAGUUCCCCCGGCCCAUCAUCGGCGCCGAGUUCAGCCGCAGCAAGUCGGACAACUCGUCCCACCCCAACAAGGAGGAGCCGGAGUACUCACCCCGCGAGACCAUCGUCUCCUCGGGCAACAUCACCUCCUCCUCGUAGAGCACACACACACCACCCCACCCCCCCGCCCCAGCCUAUGUGUGUGUGUGUGUGUAUCUUUGUCCACAUCUUCCUCUGCCCUCCACUAGUGAAUGUACCUGUGUGUUUCUCAGACUGUACUUAUGUGAAGGAUGUACAUAAUUCUCUGAGUGUGCGUGUAUGAGUGUGUGUGUGUGUGUGUGUGUGUGUGUGAGAGAGAGAGAGACAGCGAGAGUGAGUGUGUGUGUGUGUCUGUGUGUGUGCGUGCGUGCGUGCGAGUGUUUGAGUGUGUUUAUCUGUAAAUGUGUUUUAUAGUGUAUAAAGACAAAAAAGCUCCACAGCUGGUGAAUCAUACUGGACUAGAGUUGGGGUAGAGGAACCACAGAGCCGGGCCUGUUCUGGUCCAGUUCUGGGCCUGUUCUGGCUCUAAUCCGGCUCAGAGCCGUUCACCGUCGGCAGCCGGGAGGGAGGGAGGGAGGGGCUAAACUGGAACAAACAGAGACAAGAGACCCGAUGCCUCUCCUGCUCGGCCUCAUGGGAAGCUCUCCCACUGCCUGGAGGACUGCCAGCUCACCGGCCUCAGAGACAGUAAGACAACAACAACAACAACAACAACAACAACAACAACACAGCCUCUUCAGAGGGGUAUUUCACAAAAGCAGAAUUAAGACAUCCAAGAUAAUCGAUAAAGCCAGGUUUGACAUAGCGUUCUCUAGUCAUCCUUGCUAAACUCGUUUCACGAACGCCAAUCCAGGAUGAACAGGAGCGUCUAUGUCAAGCCAGGUGUAAGUUAUUCGGGAUGUGUGCGCGUUCUCGUUUCUCCCCCAAAUAACUCAUGGUUGGAAUAAAAAAGACGCAAUAAAUAGCGUCUUGCACACAAAGUUAACAACCGCUUUUGAUAUAGACAACAACGAGGUAAAGUUUUACUUUUUUGGAUGGGGAAUCAUAAUUAUUUCUGUUACAUAGCGGGAGUAGGUGUGUCAGACCAACUGAAUGCAAAUUUACGUAUGCACCCACGUGUGAGAGCUUCCUUGUCUCGGCACGCAACGUCAUUAAGAAAGCGCUUGCCUCCGCAAAGAUGCACAAAGUAUGACUAUAUAUCUUUAUUCUGUCUUUAAACGAAAUUAGUUGAAAACACCUUCGAAAUAUGUCCCCUCCACUUCCAAUCAACUACUACAGUAGGCUAUUCAUCAAAUGUCAGUCAAAAAAAGAUGCAAACAACGAUUUUGUAAUUAAUUUUAAGGCCACCAUAAUUUAAAUGAUAUCUAAAUGGUAUUGGGCAGACAUUCUGUUGUGUUUUGCGAGUAAAUGCAAGUAGCAAAUAGUAUAUAAAUGGAAUACAGCUCUUUCAAAAAUCGCAUGCAGGUCUGAUUUGAAUGACAGCUAGCUGAACCAAUCAGAUAAUGUAAUUACCAUUAGAAUUAACUUAUCUUGGCUGUUAGCCUGGUCGGGAGCAGGCUAGCUUCAGAGAAUAAAUUCCCAUGGCAAUUUAUGUAGCAUCUCUUUUGUGAAACCGAGUCAAGGGUAAAUUCAUCCAGGAUAACCAAAAAAUCCCGGCUUAAUCCCUUAUCUAGGUUUUGUGAAAUACCCCUCUGGACCACAGGGCAGCACUUAACCUGAGCUCUGUGAUUGGUUGAUGAGUCUAAUGCAACCUUGCAGUGGAGAGAUCGAAGGUCAGGGCUCAGAGGUCAGCAUGCUCCUGUGCGAGCCUCGGCGCCCUCAGUAAGCAUGGACCAUGUGUGUGUAUGUGUGUGGGUGUGUGUGUGUGUGGGUGUGUGUGUGUGUGUGUGUGUGUGUGUGUGUGUGUGUGUAAAUGUCUGCGUUCCUUUACUCUCAUUGGAUGAGCUCUAUAGGCCACUAGAAUGGACUGUUUGGUUACUGUGUGUUACUGUACGUCUGGACUGGUGGGAGGAGACGGCUGCGCUGCGCGAAGGUCUGACGUCUGACGCCGCUGCCCAGUGUUGACGUCUGGCGUGUGAUUGGGCCCCUGCCCUCCUGCUGGCGCCCAUGCAGGCCCUGCCAUCUCAGCGCUGGCACUUCACGAAGCCACUGGCACGCCAGGAUUGGUACCAGCCGAGCUUCCCCAGGCACUGUGCACAGAGCAGAACAGAUGAAUUUCCGCCGUUGCCACAGGGAGAACUUACGGAGAUGUGUGCGGUUCAACCCAAUUGGAGAACCCCCCACCUGCCCCCCUCAGCAACAGAAGAACACUUAAAUAGCACAUAGACAUGAAGGGCAUGACUGUUAGCACUUGAUGAUGCCCCUACAGAGAUAGCUGUACAGAAGUGAGUGUGUGUGUGUGUGUGUGUGUGUGUGUGUGUGUGUGUGUGUGUGUGUGUGUAUGUGUGUCAUUCCCGUUUGUGAAGGUCUAGCGGUCCACGUCAGCCCAGAGCUGACCUACCAGGGACGUCUUGUGUUCCGGGGGGCUCUGCCCGCAGUCCGUCCGCCACGUUCCUCUCUGGAUUUGCACAGUGUAACAUUCCUGUUGUGUGUGUUUUCGUAGCUCUUAAUAAAUAUUUGCAAUAAAAUAUGUCAGUCAAAA